AUGAGCAGUAGAGAACACUCUAGAAAUACCUUGUCGGGUCUCGAAAAGACAUUCUCCAAGGCCGUGGAAGGAGGUGUCUUUCCUGGAGUCGUGGUCGCCACGACAAAUCGGGACGGGAGCUUUUAUUAUGCUAAAGCAUUUGGGCGGCGAGGAUGUGACUCUACUGAAGAACUUCUCACAACGAAGUCUGUUAUGGCAAUUGCAUCUAUGACUAAGCUCAUAACGACAGUCGCUACCCUGCAAUUGGUUGAGCGCCAGUCGAUCAAGAUAUCUCAGGGUAAACCCAACACACGCAAGAGGCAAAAGACGAUUACACUCCGUCACCUCCUAACACACAGUAGCGGAGCUGGCUAUGACAUGAGCAAUGCUGAACUGGCAAAGUUUACGCUCAGCAAAGGGCGAGAAAUUAAUUCUGGUGCUACCAUCGAGGAACGUUUCGGCUAUCCGUUACUUUUUGAGCCAGGCACUAGUUGGGAGUGCGGGACAGGCAUUGAUUGGGCUGGUAAAUUGGUGGAGCGUUUGACAGGACAAGACUUGGAAACAUAUAUGCAGGAGCAUAUCUGGGCCCCUCUGGGGCUUAAGAGAAUCACCUUUUGGCCGUCCCAUAAUGCCGACAUGGAAGCUGACCGUGUCCGAAUGACAAUCCGAAAUGAGGCUUCGGGAGGCCUUGUUCUGCUGCAGAAGCCCUUCUUGACCGAAGGAGUAACUGAGUGUUUUGGUGGCCAGGGAGCCUAUGCCGAAAUGGAGGAUUUUUUGAAGAUCCUCCACUCUAUUCUGGUUGAUGAUGAGAGGCUCUUGAAGAAGGAUACAACGGCCAAAAUGUUCCAGUCUCAACUCAACCCAGCCAGUAGAGAGUCGCUUCGCAAGCACAUUCAAUCUUGUGGGCCUGACCCGGCUUUCAUCGGUAUAUUCGACAAUAGGUAUUCAUAUGACUAG